UUUCAACCAAGAAUAAGAUAGAAAUUGAUAAGAAAGAAUAGAAAAAUGAUUCGAAAUAGUUAGAUGAUUUGAAGGAAACAUGGAUGAAUAUGUUUUGAAUGUGAAAAAGGGAGGCGGAAAAUUUUUUAAAGUUACAUCAGUGGGAAGUUGUUUGAUUUGUUUUGGGGAAAAGUAAAGCAACAUCUUGUUUUUUGACUCGCUGUCAAAUAAUAGUUGAAAUGUUUACGGCUUCUUAUUGUGAUAUAGUCGUUUAAAAACAUCAGAAGUUGAUGUUUGGUUUUGCUGUCUAUUUGCAGGAGUUGUUAGAUUGCAUAUGCAGAAUCAUCCAAGACUGCAACUGAAAAUCCAUAUUCACCAAUCUGGCAUUUCCGGGUGAUUGAACGGUUGGAUCUUUCUGAUUUUUGGACAGAGGGUUCAUAGCACCUGAGCCAACAUUUGCAUCAGUGGAGAUUGAUUUUGGAGCUCCGAAAGUCAUUUUUGUGGCCUGGAUAGUUAGCAGUUUUGGGUGGGUAUCCUUGAGCAGUGAGUUCACUUUAAGGGCUAUAUUGUGACUCGCUGUGUUGUAACAAGUUUCGCAAUUCUUCAAGCAUGAAGUCAUCGAAACAGGUUAAAAAACAGAAACAUCAAAAUUCUUCUACACCAGACUGGUUCAAUCAUAUAAUUGAUGACAAUAAACAGUUAGUAAUCCCGCUUGGACCACGGUUUCAAGCUAGUGUGCCUGAGUGGACUGGCCCACCUCAAAGGAGAUACCCUCACAACACUAUCAACAAUUUAGACUCUUCAAAUUGGUCAGGCACAGUAAUAUGGUCUAACAACCAUAGAAGUCCAGAAGCCGCAAAUGAUGUGAUUGGGAGAGGGAGAAGUCAUCGUUGUGAUUGCUACAACCCUGGAUCUAUCCUCUGUGUCAAGAGCCACAUCAACGAAAAAACAGCCCGUCUUCACAAUGAUCUGGGACCUGCCUUCCAAAUUUGGAAGUUUAAUGAGAUGGGAGAAGUUGUUGCAAAGUUAUGGAAGCAAUCAGAGCAGCAGAAGUUUGCCCGAAUUGUGAAAACCAAUCCAAAUUUGGAAGGUAAUAAUUUUAUUAAAAUCGCAUUGGAAAGUUUUCCAUCAAAGUCAGCUAAUACCAUAGUAAGCUAUUACUUCAACGUAUACCUUCCUAGACAACUAAGCAUAAAAACUAGGUCAGGCUGUACAUUAGUAGACACUGAUAAUGAAGAAGAAGAGAAAACAACCCCUUGUUCCAAAGGGUCACAAAAGAGGGCUCAAGUUGAUGGUGCAGGCCCUGCUUCAAAAAUUAUGAAAGUUGGUUACUUAAUAGGUCAGAGGUAGGCUGCAUCUUUUUUGUUGUGAAAUCAGGAACACAUAUAGCUAAGAAGAUUUCAAUUCUCAUAUGAGUGUUAUAAGUUCGGCUUUCACAAGUAAUGUUUUUCUUCCGUCUCUUGUUUCUUUUAAAACCAAAUAGAUAUUCUCCCAACUAAAAUCAUAUAAGGAAUCGAUGGUCAAGGUUGGCAACUUUGGAUAGAUUUUUUCCUUAAUUUUCUAAGCAUGCUACUUAUGAUGUUGAUAUCAUUUUUAGUUCAUAGGUAAAGUUGGUCAUGUAUGGUUUGAGAUGUAGGGCUUUGCAUGGUGAUUACUAGUUGAAGCUUUUCUGUCUAAGGGUGCCUUUCAUGAAUAUUAUUAGUUGAUUUUACUAACUUUUGGCUAGAUGAGUUAAAUGAAAAGGGGUAAAUGGAGAGAAUCUUAGCCCAGUACCACAAUUGGAUACCCGUCGACUCACCCCAUAUGAGAAAUAUGAUGACGGUACAAUAUCUCCAUCCUAAUCCCCAAAUGAUUUGGGCACCCCCGAAGGAUCGAACUUGUGUCUUUAGAACUUUACAUGUGGGUUUAGGCUUUAUUAGUAACGGGUACCUUAAAGGAAUUGUUCUUGUCACCGAGUGCUUCCCUAAUCACUAGGCGAACUCCUUGUUGGUUAGAUGAGUCAAAUUACCAUAGGUUAAGGUUAAAGUCUAAGUUUUAAAUUGUUUAUCAUGAGAUAAUUGAUAACUUCAUGCAGUGGGUAUCAAUUGAUUAAGAAAACACACCAUUAAGAUUUGUUGCUUUCGUGCAACUAAGGCUAGUUUUCAUCUAUUUGUGUUACAAAUCGAGCUACAUUAGGUUUUUUUGCAAGAGCUCGUUAAUUAUAGGUCUCAUAUAUACCAAGAGGUACAACUAGAGUACAUCAUGGACCAUGGGGUUGGAUACUCGAAACCUUGGUUCAAGAUCUAAUAUGCAUAGUUUGAAGAAUAAUGAUUGAUUUAUUUAUCUAUACUUGAAGUGUUUUGGAGAGAGACUUGGAGAGAGACUGAUUGGUACCCGCGCAAUGUCGCGGCGGUAACGGUGAUGGUGUGGUUAUUAACGUAAAAGUAAUUUCAUUGCGGUCGGAGAUGUGAUGAAUUAUGGCGGGGGACGAAUUUUGAGUUAGGGUUUUGCAACGUGUUUUUGCGUGAGGAAGAAAUAGAGAUUGAAUUUUUUUAAGGGCAUUUUAGUCACAGUCUAUAAAAUAGAAAUAAAGAUGUAUUAAGAUGGAAGGCAAAUGUGUCAUUUCAGGUUUUUAAAAUUAAGGAGGGUGAGAGAGAGUUUGUUUUAUAAAGGAGUAUAGAUAUAGAUAAAGAUGGACAUAGUAAACAUAAGUAGGUUGUAAGUUUGAUGGUGGUUAUGGCUGCUUUCAUGGUAGAAUUUGAAGUGAAUGAAUAAUGACUAGAAGUUUUAAGUUUUAUGCUAAACUUUCGUAUAUUGGACUUGUUCAUGCUUUAGCGGCUACUCAUUAUUAGAUGCUUUGAUAUUCAAUCUUUCACCAACUAAAUCCGUGGAGUUCAAGUCCACUCGCAUGGUCUCUUUGAGAAGAAGCAGAGGUCCUCUCGCAAGGGAUGAUCACCCCUCAAGACUUUUAAACUUUGAAUCUCUAACUCGUUGGUGAAAGUAUUGAAUUCUCAUAACCAACAUAGCUACCUUGUCUAUUAAUGAUAUGGCAGAAGGUUAUCAAGAUAAACUAACAUGAGAAUUAAGAUGUUAGACUAUGCUAAAUAUAAAUUAUUUACUUUUCAGUUUGUA